AUGGGCUGCUUCACAUUUGUCAAGGUUAUGAUGAUUUUGUUCAACUUCAUUAUCUUUCUGGCGGGGGCGGCCCUCCUGGCCGUGGGGGUCUGGGUGAGCGUGGAUGGGAGCGCCUUCCUGGCGGUGAUGGCGCCCUUCAGGACGGAGGCCCUGCUCUUCUUCAACGUGGGCUACUCCUGCAUCGCCGCGGGCGCCGUGCUGGUGCUGCUGAGCAUCGUGGGAUGCUGCGGAGCCCAGAAGGAGAGCAAGUGUCUCCUCAUAGCGUUCUUUUCCAUCCUCAUGCUUGUUUUCGUCGCCGAAGUUGCAGCUGCGGUCGUCACACUGUUCUACUCCUCAAUGGCAGAGCACGUCCUCACAGCAACCGUCAGACCAGUUCUACAGAAGUACUACGGCAAGGACCCUAAGGUCACAAACAUGUGGAACAGCAUCAUGACUGAGCUGAACUGCUGCGGUUUCAACAACUACACAGACUUCGACUUCACGAACAGCAGCCAGAGAGGGGACAGCUACCCAGCGACCUGCUGUAGUGCCUCCAGUGCCAACUCCAGUGCCAACUCCAGUGCCAUCUCCAGUGCCAACUCCAGUGCCAUCUCCAGUGCCAACUCCAGUGCAAACUGCAGCCAGCAGGCUGCGUUUCAGAGCAACGUUUCGGGGUGCUUUGAACUGGUGUCGACCAUAAAGAGGGAUGCAAAUAUUGUUGGCGGGAUAACUGCUGGAGUCUGUGGUAUAGAGAUGGCAGCUAUGUUUGUGUCUAUGUACCUGUACUGGCAUUUGGACAAUCCCAAGACAUGACACUGACUUUUUUAAUGUUAUUAUGGCUGAUAUGCAUGCAUUAUAACUGAUAAGAUAACUGUUCCAGAUAAUACAUUAGUUAGAUUUCCAUUUUUGGUUAUCAAACUAGAUAGCCACUAAAGGCUACAAUAUGGCUUGUCAAAAUAGACUGCAAGCAGUUUUUAAUUUUAAGUUCUAUAAACAAAAAUGUUCCUAUUCCCCCUGCCAAGUAACCUCUGCUCUGUGACUCAGUUCUGCUUUUGCUCCUUUUGAAUAUACCACUUAGACGCUUCAGGAGAUUUAAGAAAAAAUAUCAAUGUGAAAUUUCAAAAGGCAAAUAUACUGUGCAGCAUUCAGUUUUGGAUAUGUUGUGCCAGCUGUUGAAACACUGACAAAUCUUUACAACAGUCGUAUUAAGUGACUUGUGCAUUUCAUUUGUUAUUAUUACUGGUUUAAACUCAGACAACACUGAAGUCCUAGUUGCACACCCAGAGCUAGUUGUUACUCAAAUCCGACCCUCAGAUCUUUUUCUUACAUCUAGAGCUCCAUCUGGAAAAUGUUUCACUCAAACCUUAAUUUCGAACAACACACAAAGAGCUAGUUCAGUCUAGCAAUUAUCAAGUUCACAAUAUAGGAAAAAAAUAAGAUCUGCCCGCUUUUGAGGACAGUGAGAAAGUCGUGCAUGCUUUUACUUCUUCUAGAUUAGGUUAUUGUUAUGGUUUGUAUACGUCUCGUUCACCAAUCUCCGCCACGUGUUCACGCAGUACAAAAUUCUGCUGACUAGGCAAGACUGCUGACCAGGACAAGAUGAAUGUCGCACUUUAUCCCAGUUUUGGCUUCCUGCACUUGUUCCAUUGACUUUAGAGUUGAUUUUACACCAAUUACUUUCAAGGCUUUACGUGGCCUGGCACCUGAGCACUUUACCAAGCUGUUAGUUCCCUACGAGUCAUUGGGGCCUCUUAGGUAAUCAGUUCAGGAACUUCUGGCUGUUCCAGUCUAGGCUAAAAACCAAUGGCGAUUGUGCCUUCUCUGCUAGGGCCACUAGGCUCAGCAACAGCCUGCAUGCAAUGAUUCUAUCUGCCGAGUAGGUGUCUUCUUUCAAAUCACAUCUUAAAAAUAAUUUUUAUAGUGUUGUUUUCAUGAAUGCAUAAUUCAAUGUUCUUUUA